AUGGCUGACCAAAACCUGGCCUUUCUCUCUCUUAUUCUUCUCUGCCCUCUCUCUCUUCUCCUCUUCCUCUACUUCAUCGUCAAACCCCGACCGGUCAAGAUACAAAUCAAGAACCGCCACGUGUUCAUCACCGGCGGAUCCAGCGGCAUCGGCCUUGCUUUGGCCCACGAGGCCGCACUUGAAGGCGCAAAAGUCUCAAUCCUCGCGCGGAACAUGGAGAAACUGAAUGAAGCGAAGCAGUCGAUCAAGUUGUCCACCGGUCGUGAUGUCGCCGUUUUCAGCGCCGAUGUGAGAGACUUCGAUUCUCUCAAGAAAUCUAUUGAGGAGGCUGGACCGAUCGAUGUGUUGGUGUGCAAUCAGGGAGUGUUUGUACCGAGGGAAUUGGAGGGACAGGAGUUGGAGGAAGUUAAGUUCAUGUUGGAUGUGAAUUUGAUGGGGACUUUUCAUCUGAUCAAGGCGGCGUUGCCUGGAAUGAAGAAUCGGACGGAUCGUGCACCUGCUUCGAUCGCUAUCAUGUCGUCUCAGGCCGGUCAGGUGGGAAUUUAUGGUUACACUGCUUAUUCAGCUAGUAAGUUUGGGCUGAGGGGAAUGGCGGAAGCAUUGCAACAGGAGGUUAUUGCUGACAACAUUCAUGUCUCGCUUAUAUUUCCCCCAGAUACUGAAACCCCUGGCUUGGCAGAAGGUUUGGACUCUGAUUUUCAUCUUGCCUUAGAGCGGACUGUAUAA